AUGGAAGCAUUUAAUCGCAUUUAUGAAAACAGAGACGAAGAACCAUUGUUGCGAGAAGGGCCACACAAAAAGUGGGAUAUGGAUACCGAAUCUACGGAAUUGGAAGGAUCAAGGCUAAAAGAUAUAGAAUGGGAAGAUCUCGAGGAAGACGAAGAUAAUGGAAAUGGAAAAAAACAAAGGGUGGAGGUUUGUUUAAAUUUGGUAUUUUUACACCUGAUUACAAGAAGCAUCAACACAGAAAAAGACACUAGGGAAUGAGUACAACAAACAGAGUAACUAGACACCAGAUUAAAGAUGAUGCAUCUAGCAGUAAGACUAUGAAGAUUGAUGAUGUGGGACCUCGGUCAUACCUCAUCCAUGAUGUGCUUUUAUUAGUUAUGAUGCAACUGGGAGCCAUCGAUUUUAUU